AUGGUGAGGUCCUCCGAAGCGGUGAUCAAAAACCGUGGUCUCGCGGUGUUGUCCUUGGCUCCGGUGGCCACCCAAAGACCGUCGGUGGUGCAAUCCAGAGCGUUCAGCAAGUCAGUGUGGCCCUCGCACAGCACCACGUCCAGCGGUUUCUGGGAAAGAUCGACAAUUCUCAGCGCUGGAGAGUUGGUAGCCAAUGCCAGCUUGUCGAAAUUCGGUCCAACAUAUCUCAUGUCGGCAAUUGUUCCGUGGUUACCUGCCAUGACACGCACCGAAGGGAAGACACCGUUCUGGAGCUCGAGGUCCACUUCGACGAUCGUCUGGUCGGAGAAAACCAGCAGCACCGAGUCCAGGCCUUGGUCUAGCAGCAAGACAUCCAUCACAUUGAGUUCCUCAGUGGUUUCCAACGGGACCUUUGUGGUUGCAACCAAUUUCUCCAGGUCCAUGUCCCAGACCUUCAUGAUCCCAUACUGGCCCGCAGUGUACACCAAUUCCUUGCCGUCAACCUCGAAAAACCCACAAGCCUCCACAGACUGCGAAACGGGCACCGUCUUCACCUCUUUCCACGACUUUGUACUAUACAUUAUCACGACGUUAUCUCUUCCACUGGUGAUGAAAUAG